UACAAAGUGUGGGGGAGUUGUGUGGCUGCCUUCACACUCUCCAUUCCGAUGACCUACGGUGCCACCGCGUCGGACUGCUUGUUGGGGAAACACCAAGCUCCGCCAACCUCCCGCACGUUGAUGCAAAAAUAUGGGCUAGUCGCGUUGAACGUGGCCAUGAUGGGGUGUGUCCUGAUCGUGACGCUGACGAUGCAUGCCUCGAUGCAGCGUUAUGAUGCCUUGAGCGACAAGCUCGACAAUUACUUGGCGAAUCAAGCGACGAGUUUUCAAGCUCAUGACCGACAACCCGUUCUCCUCCUUCCACCCAAGUUCGCCGUCAGCCACGUCACCCCGCGCAAGGAUCAAUCGAUGCGUGGAACGUGCUGGGACUUUGCCACAAUCGGAGUGCUGGAGCAGUCCUACCGCGCUGAAGCCAUUCGCAAGGGCUAUCUCUCGGAAAACCAAUACGUAUCGUUCUCGGAACAAGCGUAUGGUGUCGAAGUUAUGGAGAUGUGUGCAGGUCCAGACAACUCCCCCCAGCAAGUGGCGUGCCGCGUGGCUGGCGACUCGAUGUGGAAGAACUCGACAGAAGGCGGCGAAGUGGCCGAGCUGUACUACUUGCAAUACGGGCUCAAGGCAUCCGUCUUUCCUCACGCAAUUUGCCCGUAUUACAAAGAUAACAACGGCAGCGAUUCGAUAUGCCCUGGGUUGACCCGUCGUCACGCCGACAACCCGAUCUCGUUCACUGUCCAUUCGAUGGAGACGUGGUAUGAAGACUUGACGAUCAAGCACGAGUUGUUUCGCCAGAAAAAAGCCAUGGCGUUGUCCACGCCGGUCACAUACGUCACCCACUACUACCCGUGUCUGUCGCGCUUCAGCCACGACUCGGACCCGCACUGCUCAGAGGAUCAAUGCACGUUGUGCCCGCCGGACAUGGCCGCAACGACGUGUUGCAUUCCGUUGAAAGGCGGACGUAGUCGCAACAUGGAAGGGGAAUUCUUCCACCACCGCGGAAUGACCAUCGAAGGCGGCCAUGCAAUGCUGCUCGUGGGCUACAACGAUGCGUUCCUUACCCGCGACGGAUUCACCGGCGGUUUGAUUGUCAAGAACUCUUGGUUGGACGGCCCGACGCAGGGCAGUCACUCGUUGGCGUACUGGAUGCAAGAGCUGUCCGACUGGGAAGAACGCGUGGUGUGUCCAAAUUCGUACAAUCCGUUCAACUGGUACCAGUGCGGCAACAACGCGGCCCCGGUCGUGACGCCGCACAACGGAACGGCGCCGUCGACUGCGCAUUUCAACCGCACAAAAGCAUUUGACGAAGGGGUUGGCGCGUGUCUGUCGGCGGAAUCGCGCAUCUACGCCAACGUGAACGUGCAGCCACUGCAUUUGGAAUGCAUCGACGCGACAGCGUGUUCGCGCGAGCCCAACACGACGUACUUUGUUCGAAACACGACCGACUGGGGCGACCGCAUGACCGUCAUGUGCGUGUGGGAAUACAACCCCCGGCUCGAGUCGUCGCGGGACUUUUGCCUCAAGCCAAUGCUUGAAGUCGACAUUGCACGCACGCUGCGUCCCGUGGCUCACGAAGUUCGACCCAACGACCCCGACCGAUGCGGGUUCUACUUUAUGCCGUACGCCACCAUUCGGCAGUACAUUGCGCAAUUCCAGGGGUUCUACGUGAACAGCUUCGACAUCGAGUGGGCGACGCAGUCGUUUGGUGCAAACCGACACAAGUACCCCCACCUCAACUACACACUCUUGGACCUGUCCACGCACCACCAAAACCACAACAAGUUCGACGGCCCGUUCCCCCAUGCGCGUGUGGUGGCGCCGAAAGAAUUCCAGGCGCGUCAUCCGUAGACAAGACGACGCCGCCCCGUGUGUCCCGAACGCAGCCACGAACGAGUGUGAAGACGAAACACGAUAGAUUAAGGGGAUGUUGUGGCCGA